CGACGACCAUGUCUACAGUCCACGGCCGCUACCCCCCUCCGCUGCCUCGGACGUCGUCGGGCUCGAAUACUUCCCAGCUCUUUGAAUUUACAAAGCGGAAACGUUGGGCCGACCUACUUGUCACUGAGCUUGCGGACGCUAUCAUCUUGGUCUUGGGUGUCCCUAAUCCAAAGAUCCUAUACUGCGGUGCGGCCGUCGAAGAGCUACUAGGAUGGAGGGAUACGGAUGUUAUUGACCUCGACCUCACCGAACUCAUGAACCAGGACGACCAGCACGUCUUCCAGACGGCUUUUCACGACAGCGUCAAUACUGAGCAGGAGCUAUUGUCUUAUGUCCGGUUGAAAUGCAACAACACUAAGGACGCGUCGCACACAACGACUGCAGCGUAUCAUCAUCAGCAAAUGCAUGGCCAAAUCCCCCAACAGCCAGCGCAGGAAGUCUUGUUCGAGAUCAAGGGUUAUCCGCAUUAUCACCCCGACAGGUCUAAAUGCUGGUGCUUUUUUGCCACGGCGAGGCCGUAUCCGAGCAGGAACACCGCAAUGCUGAACACGUUCUUCGACCUGAAGAUCGAGAACGAGCGCUUGCAACAACGCCUCGUUGAGCUCCGGAGUCAACAGCCCGCUCCUGGUGCCUCAAAUGGUGUGCCCUCCGCAUCCCCUAUAACAGCAACUGCUGCAAACUCCUUCACGAGUUCGUCGUCUUAUCCUGCCACGACCUCAUCGUACGCCGCCAGCUCCUCGGCGUAUCCUCAUGGUCCAGCCGCUCAAAGUUCCUUCUACGGCGACGUCACUAGUCCAGUAACAAGAACGAGUUACGACCCGAACUCAAUGUAUGGUGGAACCUCCUUCGGUGCCCCUGCGCAUGCGUCUGCCCCUGAAGAAGAUGACGACGGCUCCAGCAAGAAGAAGAGGAAAAAGUCGCACGCUGGCGAGCAGUACGUUUGCAUAACAUGCGGAAGGACGGACUCCCCCGAAUGGAGAAAGGGUCCUUUGGGUCCGAAGACCCUCUGCAACGCAUGCGGUCUGCGCUGGGCGAAGCAGCAGCGCAAGACGGACGAUCAGCCAGCCGAAGGUCCCGGCUCGGGUCCCGGUCCUGGCCCCAGUAACGCCUGAUUGAACACAUUGUACCCUUGCAUUUCUGCCGUUUUUCGUUAUUUGGUCUCCCCGCUGUCCUGCAUACUGGUUAUCAUGAUCCCCUGAUUUCCCGUCAUCCCUCCCCGCGCUACCUGCCUCCCACGUUUUUGUCAUCCCGCCCUGCUAUCGCUGUGGUCUAUAUAUUAGUUCUGUCGCCCUUGUCAUGCUCUACGCAUCAGUACAUUAGGUUCAUUUUAUUCGACGCCAUUUUCUAGAUGUUCGGUAAUUGCCCGGCGUGCUUUCUCG